AUGCAAUCUGUGGAAACAGUUGCUCCGUCGUCGCUGCCUCGUAAGAAAUUUAAAUCUUUUACAACACAAUUUGAGGAUGAUACCAGCUUUAAUCAAAUAAACUGUGACUCGACAAAUACGAUGCGAGCUCGCCGUGAAUUAGAUGCUUACUUGCAAUUAGAUUUGUUGAAGACUACCUAUUCUGCAGAGCAGUAUGAUAGUCCAUUAUUGGUCUGGGAGGAACAUUAA